AUGUCAGAAUAUUUAUCUACUGAACUUGCAGCUACAUGCGCUGCACUUGGUUAUUAUGAUGGAUCUAAAUAUCAUUUAGAUAAAUAUUGUUUAGAUGUUAUAAAGGAUCUUAUUAAGUAUUUAAGAAGAGAUGAUGAUACACACAUUGUUCGUCAGUUUCUUAACUUUGGGAUGCAUUAUUGAGGCAAGUGAUAAAUUGCUUGAAACAUAUUUUGUAAUGUUUAAUGCAUUGCUUCAUUCUAAUAUUAACAAUUAACUUACUUAAUUAGGUUAAUUAUUAAUCUAACAAGUCCAGUUUUAAUCAUUUAUAAUGAAAAAAUACCUACUGAUAAAAUGGAUCGCAGUAUAUAUCAAAAAUUAGUUUCAUAUACCCAAGCAUACAAAAUAGCAUUAACAGAUGAUCAUGUAUGGACAGCAUUAAGUUAUCGUUUGAGUAAAAUUCUUAAAGAAGAUAAUAUAGAAAGGGGGGAAGAAACAGAAAUGAUUCUUGAAAGAAUUCUAGUGUUUAUUCGAAAUGUUUUGCAAAUCCCCCCAGAUGAAAAUGAGAAACGUGUUGAUAAUGAUGUUACAAUCCAUGACGAGGUUUUAUUUGCACUUAAUGCAUCAGGGGUUGUUGAUUUGCUACUAUUUAUUGCUAGCAAUAGAAAUGAACAGGAUUAUCAUUUGCAAGUUUUAGAGAUCGUAUCGUUAAUGUUGUGCGAUCAAAGCGCGAGUCAGUUAGCAAAAUCUGGUUUGCAACGUAGCGUCACUGAAAAGGAAAGGGAUGAAGCAACACUUCUAACUGCGCGGAUGAAAGAGAAACAAGAAAAAAUGGACAGAGUGCGAAAGUAUGCUGGUGCUAGACAUUCGCAUUUCGGCGGUACUUACGUCGUUCAGAAUAUGAAAGCCAUCGGGGAGAAUCAGCUGUUAUGUCACAAACCGUUCCAGAAGAUCGAGGCGUUAAACUUUAGCCAAGACAAGAAAAAAAUGUCAAGACCGACAAACAAGCGUCCUAUGUCAAAUCCAAGGGGUGAACGUACAUCUACGCUGAGCGUGAGGCUGGCUUUGAAAGAAUUCUGCGUAGAAUUCUUGAACGCUGCUUAUAAUCCUGUAAUGAAGUACUCGAGAUCCUGCAUAGUUGGAGCGGCACAUUCUAAUCCAAUCGAAAUUACUUGCUAUCUUUGGGCGCUGCGUUUUUUCAUGGAGUUCAAUCGCCAUUAUAAGUUCCAAGUAAAGUAUGUGAGUGAAACAAUAUCAACAGAAACUUUUCAUUUCGCCCAAAGAGAAAUGGAAAAUUUUUACGAAAUGAUAGUUACUGAUAAAAAGAGGAUUGCAAUUUGGUCGCACAGAUUACACAUAGCAUUGAAAGCGUAUCAGGAACUUUUGUGCACUCUAAUGGCAAUGGAUCAAAGUACGGAUCACGGUGUUAGAGAAUCCAGCAAGGUUAUUAAGUCUAACGUGUUUUAUGUUCCGGAAUAUCGGGAAACAAUUCUUUCUCAGCUUUUGUGUUUCGACGAGUUUAAAAUGUCACGACAAUAUUUGAUUGACCUCACAACGACAGCGCAUAUUUUCUUGAAAAUGUUGAGCAACUAUUGCGACAGAAACAAACGCAAUGUGUUAGUUCAGCAAGUAAAACGUAAACAACAGAGGAGGAAGAAUAAAAAAAAAACUGUGCAGACAGAGCAACUUCCACCGCGAAGUUUAGAGGACCGUUGGGACGAAAUUAGUCCUCAACUGUCCAUCGUAAUGGCAGAAGGAACUAUACCGGAAGUUGUGCCAUUCGAUGCAACAUUGGACGUACCUAUAGACGAUCAAAAAGUCGAAGCUAUGAAGAAGAUUCAAAAGCUACUGAAGUCGAAGUUGCUCGAGCAAGCUGUUGGACUUAUUCGUGCUUCAAGAGAAGUGUGGCCUGAAAACAACUCUUUCGGAAGACCUGAUAUUCCAGUGGAGGAGGAAUUUCUAGCAUUACGUGAAAUAUUCUUUGCAGAUCUGGGUGGUGAGUAG